UACCAUUCCCCCAGAUAGAUAGAGAGAACUGAAGAUUAAUUGACUGAGAAUUUAUUGUCAGAGAUGGUUAAAUCAAAUGAGAAUGAUACAGGAGGAGGGUUGAACAUGAUGACAGAAAUGGGGAGAAAUCGAAGGGCGUUGAGAGCCAUUGAUGCGAAUAUCGUUGCAGCAAGACCAUGUCCUUCUGCUAUGCACAAGAGAAGUGCUUCCAUUGAUACAAAAUCUGUGACUACUUCUAACAAGAAUCCUAGGAUUCUGGCUCGUCAUCGCCCAAUAACUAGGAAAUACUCUGCACAAAUUACAAGCAAGCAGCAGCAGCCACUUAAUGAGACAUACAUGCUUUCUACAAGAGGAUAGAGAGUUUGAGCUGUGUUCCACCAG